GUGGACGAGAAGAGGUGUUCGUCUGUCCGGAGAAGCAGGAAGAAGGCGUCGGAUAAUGAUGAAGUUGUUCAUGUUAGAGCGAGGAAAGGCCAAGCUACUGAUAGCCACAGUGCUGCUGAGAGGGUUAGAAGAGAGAAAAUAAACAAGAAGUUGAGAUGUUUGCAAGAGCUUGUUCCUGGAUGUCACAAGUCAAUGGGGAUGGCAGUAAUGCUAGAAGAGAUCAUCAACUAUGUAUGUUCUCUGCAGAAUCAAGUUGAGUUCCUCUCAAUGGAACUAGCAGCUGCUGCUGCAGCAGCAAAUAGUGUCAACUUGGAAACACAGCCAUCCAGAUCAAUACCAAGGGCUUCUCUUCAGGGGGGAAAUUUAGCUGGGAGAGAAAACUAUGGAGAUGCAACUGCUAGUACAGCAUGGUCAAUCUGAACUGUGACAGCAUAUUAUGCCAAAAACAAAUGUAGCCAGGAAGCAAAUUCUACAGCCAGUGAGGGUACAUGAAAACAAGCCCACAUGAACAUUUUGCCUUCUUGUCCAGUUCAUGCAUUUGCCCACCAGAAAAAGGAAAUAUCCCACAGGUGUCCCUAUUUAUGUAACAUUAACACUAGAAUCAAAAGAGUCCACCCUACAACCAGCAGAAGAAAAAAAAGAGAUCAACCAUUUGUUAUGGAUUUUUUGUGGGGUUCUGUUGUAUUUGUCCAUUUCAUUCUGAAUUCAGUGGUACCUGGUUAUCCUUCUGUCUUUUGAGUCUUACAUUUGUUGUUUUGUCGUUGUUUGUGCUUGACUAUGGUG